UUUUUUAAAGUUACUAUUCAGCCAAUUUUACCAUCCGUAUCAUCAUCCUUCUUUUCUGUGAUUUAAAAAAAAAAAAAAAAAAUUCCGACACUCUACACUCUCUCCGUUCCGUUCUGUUCUGGUCACUCUACAGUCUAUAUGCAGAUAUACUCUCUGUCUGUCUCUAUGUAUAUAAUAGUAUAUACAUUCUGGCAAAUCAGGGGUUUUUAGGGAUUAUCUAUCUCCAGUCUUAAAUUUAGGGUUUUGACUCCAUUACAGCUACAGUGAAUCUUCACCACCAUGAGCAGCAGUAAUAGAGCCAAGAACUUCCGCCGCCGCGCCGGUAACGAUAACGACGACAACCAAAACGACGACGCCAAUCUCUCCUCCUCCUUCACCACCACCACCACAACGACUGCCCGUUCCGCCAAACCAAAACCAAAAAAACUCCUCAGCUUCGCAGAUGACGAAGACGCCUCCGCCGCUGAAACACCCUCCUCCACCUCCAAGAAAACCACUAGUAACUCCUCUUCUCGCCCAACAACCAAACAUAAAAUCACUUCUCUCAGAGACCGCCAAUCGGCGACCGCCACAACCACCUCCUCCAAUGUUCAACCCCAAGCCGGCACUUACACCAAAGAAGCCCUCUUAGAACUCCAGAAAAACACUCGAACACUUGCGCCUUCUCGUCCGGCCGUGGCGGCCUCUGAGCCCAUCAUAGUCCUCAAAGGCCUCGUCAAACCCUCCUCUGAACAAGAAUUGGACGACGAAGAAGAAGAUAGGCGUAAUGCUGAGGAUACCGAGGCGAAAUUGGCUUCGUUAGGGAUUGGAAAACCUACGAGGGACUUGUCGUUGUUUCCUGAUCAAGCUACUAUCAAUGCUAUUCGUGCCAAGAGGGAGCGGUUACGGCAAUCACGUGCCGCUGCACCUGAUUAUAUCUCAUUGGAUGGAGGCAGCAAUCAUGGUGAGGCUGAAGGGUUGAGCGAUGAGGAGCCAGAGUUUCGUGGCCGAAUUGCAAUGUUUGGGGAGAAGAAGACUGAGACAGUUACAAUGAAGAAGGGCGUGUUUGAAGAUGUGGAUGAGAGGGGAAUUGAUGUGAAUUUUGGGAAGAAGGAUAGUGGUGAGGAUGAGGGAGUGGAUGAGGACGAGGAAGAGAAGAUAUGGGAGGAAGAGCAGUUUCGGAAGGGUUUAGGGAAGAGAAUGGAUGAUGGGACGGGUAGAGUGGCUGCUGUGACUGCUACUAGUGCUGUUCCUGUUGUUCACAGUGUGCAGCAGCAGCAGCAGCAGCAGCAGAAGUUUGUUUAUCCUGCGGUGAUGAGUGUGUCAGGAGUGCCAAGCAUAGGUGGGGCAGUUGGAGCCUCACAAGGUUUGGAUGCCAUGAUGUCGAUACCCAAGCAAGCUGAGAUUGCUAAAAAAGCUUUGCAGGAGAAUGUGAAGAGGCUCAAGGAAUCUCAUGGCAGAACCAUGUCUUCAUUGACAAAGACUGAUGAAGAUUUGUCUGCCUCAUAUGCGAAUAUUACUGCUUUUGGAAAGUCCCUGUCUAUUGCCAAUGAUAAGUUCAUUUUUAUGCAAAAGCUUCGCCAAUUUGUUUCAGUUAUAUGUGACUUUUUGCAGUAUAAAGCUCCCUACAUUGAGGAACUUGAAGAGCAGAUGCAGAAAAUUCAUGAAGAACGUGCUUCAGCUAAUUUGGAAAGGCGGGCUGCUGAAAAUGAUGAUGAAAUGGAGGUAGAAGUAGCUGUGAAUGCAGCAACAUCUGUUUUCAGUAAAAAAGGUAGUAGUGCUGAAAUGGUUGCGGCAGCCACUAGUGCAGCACAGGCAGCAUCUGCUGCUGUAAGAGAGCAAACAAAUCAAUCGGUAAAGUUAGAUGAGUUUGGUAGAGAUAUGAACCGGAAGAAGCAUAUGGACAUGACAAAGAGGGCUGACCACCGGAAAGCUAGGUUUGAUUCUAAGAGAAUUGCAUCGAUGGAAUUGGACAGUUCAAAUCAAAAAAUAGAAGGCGAGUUAAGCUCUGAUGAGAGUGACAGCGAACUUCAAUUAUUCGAACAUCGCCAAAAGUCGUUGAUCCAGAUUGCUGACGAAAUUUUCAGUGAUGCUGCUGAGGAAUAUUCUCAACUUUCAGUGGUUAAAGAAAAAUUUGAAAAGUGGAAGAGAGAUUAUUCAGCAAGCUACCAUGAUGCUUACAUGGCAUUAAGUGUUCCUGAAAUCUUUUCUCCAUACGUGAGACUGGAGCUGUUGAAGUGGGACCCACUCCAUGAGGAUGUAGAUUUUUUUGAUAUGAAAUGGCAUUCAUUGUUAUUCAAUUAUGGUGUGCCAAAUGAUGGAAGUGAUUUUGGAUCCGAUGAUGCUGAUGCUAACCUUGUCCCUGAACUGGUGGAAAAGGUAGCACUCCCAAUUUUGCAUCACGAAAUUGCCCACUGCUGGGACAUGCUCAGUACACAAGAGACGAAGAAUGCAGUUAAUGCCACAAACUUGGUUACAAAUUAUGUUCCAGCUUCCAGUGAGGCUCUUUCAGAUUUAUUAGUAGCUGUUCGCACUCGUCUAGCUGAUGCUGUUGCUAAUCUAACGGUCCCAACAUGGAGCCCACUUUUAUUGAAGGCUGUGCCAAGUGCUGCACGAGUAGCAGCAUAUCGAUUUGGGAGGUCUGUUCGUUUGAUGAGAAAUAUCUGCUUGUGGAAGGAAAUUCUUGCUUUGCCUGUUCUGGAGAAGCUUGUUCUUGACGAGCUUUUGUUUGGAAAAGUUCUACCUCAUGUACGAAGCAUUACAACAAAUGUUCAUGAUGCAAUCACAAGAACUGAAAGGAUCAUUGCAUCUCUAUCUAAUGUAUGGGCAGGUCCAAAUGUCUCAGGUGAACGCAGCCACAAGUUGCAAGCACUGGUUGAUUAUUUGCUGCUACUUGGAAAGACCCUGGAGAAAAGGCAUGUGAUUGGUAUUACUGAGAGUGAGACGAGUGGGCUUGCCCGGCGAUUGAAGAAGAUGCUGGUUGAGCUCAAUGAGUAUGACAAUGCUAGGGACAUAGCCAAGACCUUUCAUCUGAAGGAGGCAUUGUAAUAUUUGAGAAGCUUCUCUUGUGUUACACAAAUGGACUACAAGGUUUGCUCAAGAUGAAAUUGCAGGAUAAGCUCAAGAAAAACAUUGAAGGCCAGGGCCGUGUGUCAGACUUAACAUUCGGAUGAGGCACUUGAGCAAGCACCAUGCCCUUAAAUAUUAACGAGGAACUCUGUGCCCUCAUUUUUCCAAGGUACUUUGAUCAGAGGCCUGUGUCUGUCUUGACCUUCAAUUCUCGUAGAGGUUUUUGAGGAACCCUCUCCUUCAUUGUGCCAUGGUACUUCAUUUGAACUGUUGGCUGCCCGAUGGUUCCUAGAAUUGUAACUUUAGGCAUUUAUGGAUGUAUCUAUUAUUUCCUCUAAUCUUAUUUUUAUUCUGGCGGUAGAGGUAAAUGUUGCUAAAUUUUUGAGAGGCAAUAAUGUGCUUCUUUUGUACUUAUCAAAAUAUCAAAAAUAAAUAAAUAAAUAAAUAAAAUUACAAAUUAGGCAAGAUA